AUGGGUUCUUCUACUCCUUUUGGUGCACCUAGUCAACCUACUUUUGUUGCUUCAAGUACUCCUGCCUUUGGUUCAUCAAGCUCGUCGGCCUUUGGUGGCACAAGCGCACCUGCCUUUGGUGCCACAAACACCCCAGCCUUUGCUUCUACAGCAACCCCAGCAUUUGGUGCAACCAGCACUACAUUUUCUGUAUCUAGUUCCCCAGUAUUUGGAUCAAGCACUCCAACAUUUGGUGCCUCUAGUACUUCUGUAUUUGGAUCAUCAAGCACUCCAGCAUUUGGUGCCUCAAGCACUCCGGCAUUUGGUGCCUCAACUACUUCAGCUUUUGGUGGCACAAGCGCACCUGCCUUUGGUGCCACAAACACCCCAGCCUUUGGUUCUACUGCAACCCCUGCAUUUGGUGCAACCAGCACUACAUUUUCUGAAUCUAGUUCCCCAGUAUUUGGAUCAAGCACUCCAGCAUUUGGUGCCUCUAGUACUUCUGUAUUUGGAUCAUCAAGCACUCCAGCAUUUGGUGCCUCAAGCACUCCGGCAUUUGGUGCCUCAACUACUUCAGCUUUUGGUGGUUUGAGUACUCCUUCAUUUAGUUUUGGGUCCACUCCAGCAUUUGGCCAAUCAACUUCUGCAUUUGGAAGCAGUCCAUUUGGUACAACUACAUCGCCCUUUGGAGCUCAGAGUGCUCCAUUUGGAGCCCAGGCUACAACACCAACAUAUGGGAGCUCUGGUUUUGGACAGUCAGCUUUUGGAGGCCAUCGAGGGGGAAGUAGAGUGGCUCCCUACACGCCAACACCCGAGUUAGAUAGUGGCACAGGUACACAGCCUGCUGGAAAGCUGGAGUCAAUUGCGGCUAUGCCUGUUUACAAGGAUAAAAGCCAUGAAGAACUCAGAUGGGAAGACUAUCAAUUGGGUGAUAAAGGAGGGCCAAGUCCUGCUGGUCAAUCUGCUGGCGCAAUUGGAUUUAGCGCUUCUAGCACACAGUCAAGUCCAUUUGCUUCGUUUUCAACAUUUGGUCAGAUAUCUGUGAAUCCCUUUUCAUCCUCAAUAUCUUCCAACCCUUUUGCUGUGAUGCCCCAUAAUCUGGGUGUCCGCCAUCGAGGGGGAAGUAGAGUGGCUCCCUACACGCCAACACCUGAGUUAGAUAGCACAACAGUUACACAGCCUGCUGGAAAGCUGGUGUCAAUAGCAGCUAUGCCUGUUUAUAAGGAUAAAAUCCAUGAAGAACUCAGAUGGGAGGACUAUAAAUUGGGUGAUAAAGGGCCAAGUCCUGCUGGUCAGUCUGCUGGCGCAAUUGGAUUUAGCGCUUCGAGCACACAGUCAAGUCCAUUUGCUUCGUCGGCAACAUUUGGUUUUGGACAGUCAACUUUUGGAGGCCAUCGAGGGGGAAGUAGAGUGGCUCCCUACACGCCAACACCUGAGUUAGAUAGCACAACAGUUACACAGCCUGCUGGAAAGCUGGUGUCAAUAGCAGCUAUGCCUGUUUAUAAGGAUAAAAUCCAUGAAGAACUCAGAUGGGAGGACUAUAAAUUGGGUGAUAAAGGUGCUUUACUAAAUGUUUGUAGAAAUCUCGAACUGAUACACACCUCAUUGCCUGCCAUGUUAAAUAAUAUUUUUAAUCUGAUUUCGGGAGGGCCAAAAACCCCAGCCUUUGGCAGUUCCGGCUUGGGAUCCACAUCUACUCUUGCAUUUGGUUCUUCACCCUUUGGGACAUCAUCGACAUCUAACCCUUUUGGGUCAACUUCAUCAGCAACACUAUCCAUAUUUGGUUCAACUCCUGUAUUUGGAGCCAGUACCUCCCCAUCUCCUUUUGGAUCAUCAAGGUUAUCUGCUUUUGGAUCAUCAACAUCUGUUUUUGGUUCUUCAUCAGUUCAGGGAACAACUCCAUCAUUUGGUUCUGGCUUAAGUUUUGGCAACACUCAGUCAUCCCCACUGUUCCAGUCAAGUGCACCUUCACUGGGACUGGCAACUCCUGCUUUUGGACAGACUACCUCCUCCUUUGGACAGAGUACUCCAGCGUUUGGGCAAUCAAGUAUAUUUAGUACACCUUCUACUGCAUUUGGAGGGAAUUUGUUUUCAAGCACUCCAUCUCUGCUAUCUACAAGCAACCCAUCAGGAUUUGGUCAAACAACCGAAAGUUAA